UCCCUGCUUGCAUGUGAAGGCCAAAUCCUAAGGCUGCCCUCACAGCCUGGCACCUAUUUAAUAAUCAUUAUAUUAUCUCCAUUCCAGCGCACUCCCCUGAAAAGCCAAAUCUUCUUCCAUUAUGCAAAGUGAGAUUUUUACCAGCAAUGCAAGUUUGAGAUUUUUCCUUUGAGAUCAUCUAGUCCUUGGAUUUGCAGGAGUAUAUACAGAGAACAGUAGUAAGGAAGAGGAGUAUACCCAGUGAAUAUACAUCACUCCAGAUCUCAAUGGCAGCAGUGGAGAAGAAGAGUGUGGUUAUUGUGGGAGGUGGAAUUGCAGGGGCAAAUGCUGCCAAGGCUCUGCAAGACUUUGCAGAUGUCACACUUAUUGAUCCAAAGGAGUAUUUUGAGAUCCCAUGGGCAAAGUUAAGGUGCAUGGUGGAGCCAAGGUUUGGGGAAAGAUCUGUGUUUCUGCAUGAGGAGUAUUUGAAAAGUGGUAAGCUUGUCAUAUCUGCUGUAACAAGUGUUACAGAGGAGGCUGUGAUCACUGCCACAGGGGAACAAGUCAAGUAUGAUUAUCUGGUGCUUGCCACUGGAACUCCUUAUGAUGGCCCUCCCACCAAACCAGAGAGACUCCAGCAGAUGGAAGCAGACAAUAAAAAGAUAAAAGAUGCCAAGACAGUUGUCAUUAUUGGUGGAGGACCCACUGGAGUGGAGCUUGCUGCAGAAAUAGCAGUAGAUUUUCCUGAUAAAAAGGUGAUCCUAAUCCAUAGGGGGUCCAGACUUAUUGAAUUUGUGGGGGAGAAGGCCUCCAGAAAGGCUCUGGCCUGGCUAAAGUCUAAAAAUGUGGAAGUGCACCUCAAUGAACGUGUUGAUUUGAAUAGCAUUUCUGACACAACAAGAAGCUUUACCACACGCAGUGGACUGAGCAUUGAAGCAGAUUGUCAUUUUGUGUGCAUUGGCAAGAAGAUGGGCUCCUCCUGGCUUAAGGACACAAGCUUUGUGGAGUCUUUGGAUGAACGUGGCCAAAUAAAGGUGGAUAGCUCUCUCAGAGUGGAGGGAAAGACCAAUGUCUUUGCUGCUGGGGAUAUCAUCAAUGUUAAGGAAUUGAAGCAAGGAUUUUGCGCCCAAAAGCAUGCUGCAGUGAUUGCAACAAAUAUAAAGAAACUCUCAAAGGAUCCCAAGCAACCAAAGCUAAGUACCUACAAAGCAAGUUCAGCAAUGGCCAUUGUAAGCCUUGGAAGGUACACUGCAGUUGGGCAGUUCCCAUUUGGUACUUUCAGUGGCCGCCUUCCUGGCAUGUUAAAAUCCAAAGACUUGUUUGUUGGACCUACUCGGAAAGCCCUUGGCCUCAAAUCCUAAAUUUUCAUUUUAUGAAAUGAAGUCCUAAGUUUUUUCUGUAAUUAAUUAAUCAGUUAACUGCUUUUGAUUGAAGAGCCUUUGUAUUUGAAGAUAUUAUGUUUGGUGAGAUGUAAGAUUAAUAGUAUAGGAGAGAAAAAGUGUAUUAUUUCUAUACACACUGAUAGUGAAUAGACUGGCUAUCUGGUUUAUAUUUUGUUUAUCUGUGUGUAGUAUUCCAUUUUGUAAAGUGCCCAGGAUUUGUCGUGGGUUCCAUCUAAUAAAAAAAGUUGUUUUAUUCUCUGCA